UAAAGGUUGCGGCUCCAGAAGAAAAGGUUUCGACUCUGAAAAAAAAGGAUGCCUUCCUCGAAGAAAAAGUUACCGCUUCAAAAGAAAAGGUUGUCUUCCCCGAAGAAAAAGUUGCAUCUGUGAGCCCUUCAAAGCGAUAUAACUUGGAGCACAAAUUAAAACAUAAAAAAGGGACUCUCGAGCAAACACGUAUCACAUCUUUUGCGACUCUUAUGAAAUUUGCGAGUAAAAAAAAUGAAAGCAGUAAUACGAAAACGAAGGCAAGUUUUUCAUAUA